UUCUUAUUUUUGUUUGUCUCUUAUCAACUUUGAAAAUAGUUAAUCGAAACAAAAGAAUUUUAAUCUAAUCAAUUUAUCUGUGUAAUUUGAACAUCUUACAAAUGCCAGGUUAGAAUUCUAUAAACGGAUACCUGCAAUUCUUGUUACGUUUGUAAUAAUUCAUCAUCGAUUAAUUAUGGAAAAUUUGCCUCAGCAUUGUUUGGACAACGCCAUAUUAUUAAAACAAAAUGAUUAUAUUGAUCUUAAAAUGAUUUCAAGUGGAUUUAAAACGCGAUUUAAGUUGACACAAAUACCAGAUUUUUAUAUGAUUAAUAGUAAAGAAUAUUUUGCUGCAGAAAUGAAGAUAGAAGGAUUUAAAGUAAGUACUGCUGCUUUAGCUACGGAAAAUGUUUUAAAUAUUAAAUUACGAGAAUUGGGUGGUCAACGUCAUAUUAGAAAUAUCAAUUUUUUCAUUCCAAUGGAAGCAAAUGCAAAAAUUGCAUCUAUCGAAGUAUUCGAUGAUAAUACCAUUUUUAUGAGAGUUCCACUUUUAUAGAACAUUGUUAAAUUUUAUAUUAAUGUAAAAAACAGAAAUUUUUUAUACCUAUAUAUAUAUAUAUAUAAAGU